CUGCCCGCCCUGCUCCGAGGAGAAGCUGGCGCGCUGCCGCCCCCCGGUGGGCUGCGAGGAGCUGGUGCGGGAGCCUGGCUGCGGCUGUUGCGCCACUUGCGCCCUGGGUUUGGGGAUGCCCUGCGGGGUGUACACCCCCCGCUGCGGCUCGGGCCUGCGCUGCUACCCGCCCCGGGGGGUGGAGAAGCCCCUGCACACGCUGAUGCACGGGCAAGGCGUGUGCAUGGAGCUGGCGGAGAUCGAGGCCAUCCAGGAAAGCCUGCAGCCCUCUGACAAGGAUGAGGGUGACCACCCCAACAACAGCUUCAGCCCCUGCAGUGCCCAUGACCGCAGGUGCAUGCAGAAGCACUAUGCCAAGAUGCGAGACCGGAGCAUCAGUGGAGGCAAGAUGAAGGUCAUCGGGACACCCCGGGAGGAUGCCCGGCCUGUGCCCCAGGGCUCCUGCCAGAGCGAGCUGCACCGGGCCCUGGAGCGACUGGCCGCCUCUCAGAGCCGCACCCACGAGGACCUCUAUAUCAUCCCCAUCCCCAACUGCGACCGCAAUGGCAACUUCCACCCCAAGCAGUGUCACCCGGCCCUGGAUGGGCAGCGUGGCAAGUGCUGGUGUGUGGACCGGAAGACUGGGGUGAAGCUUCCAGGGGGCCUAGAACCGAAGGGGGAGCUGGACUGCCACCAACUGGCCGACAGCUUCAGAGAGUGACCCGGUCGGCGGGCAGGGGGUUCAGUCCCCCUGCUACCCUGUGCUCUGGAGGUUUCAGAGCUGACCUGGAGUGGAGUUUGGGUCUGAAUCCUGGUCCAGAACCCUUGGGGUGUGUGCGUAUGUGUGUGUGUGUGUGUAUGUUUAUGGGCAUGGAUGUGCCCUUAGGGUGAGCCAGAGCCUGGGGUGUUCUCUUUGGGCUUAGAUAGUCCAAGUGGUCUGAGAGUGGCACUGGGGAGCCCUUGUGUGUUUUCAAAUCGAUCCUGAAUGCAUUCACUCUAAUUCAUUCAUUCAUGCAUCCAUCCAUCCAUCCAUCCAUCCAUCCA